AGAGGUAGAGAGAGAGAGAGACAGUAGGGGAGAGAAGGGGAGAGAGCAAGAGCAAGGGGGGAAAGCCACAGUGGUAGGCAGUCCCACUUUGAGUACUGUGAGGUCACAAACCACAUGAUUCUGUCUCUCCAGUAAUAGUGCUUGCAAAAAAAAGGAGUUUUAAAGCUUUUGCUUUUUUGGAUUGUGUGAAUGCUUCAUUCGCCUCACAAACAACCACAGAACCACAAGUGCGGUGCAAACUUUCUCCAGGAGGACAGCAAGACGUCUCUGGUGUUUAAAUGGUUAAUCUCCGCAGGUCACUACCAGCCACGGAGACCAACAGAGUCAUUUAAGGCUACAAGCAGUAUUUACAACAGAGGGUACAAGUUCUAUCUGGAAAAAAAAAGAGGGACUAUGGCAUCAAACAGCCUCUUCAGCACAGUGACACCAUGUCAGCAAAACUUCUUUUGGGAUCCGAGCACCAGCCGGCGCUUCAGCCCCCCCUCCAGCAGCCUGCAGCCCGGCAAGAUGAGCGACGUGAGCCCCGCGGUGGCCGCGCAGCAGCAGCAACAGCAGCAGCAGCAGCAGCAGCAACAGCAGCAGCAGGAGGCGGCGGCGGCCACAGUGCCCCGGUUGCGACCGCCGCACGACAACCGCACCAUGGUGGAGAUCAUCGCCGACCACCCGGCCGAGCUCGUACGCACCGACAGCCCCAACUUCCUGUGCUCCGUGCUGCCCUCUCACUGGCGCUGCAACAAGACCCUGCCGGUGGCCUUCAAGGUGGUAGCCCUCGGAGAAGUACCAGAUGGCACUGUGGUUACUGUCAUGGCGGGCAAUGAUGAAAAUUAUUCUGCUGAGCUCCGAAAUGCCUCCGCUGUCAUGAAAAACCAAGUAGCAAGGUUCAACGAUCUGAGAUUUGUGGGCCGGAGUGGACGAGGCAAGAGUUUCACCUUGACCAUAACAGUCUUCACAAAUCCUCCCCAAGUAGCCACCUAUCACAGAGCUAUUAAAGUUACAGUGGAUGGACCCCGGGAACCCAGAAGGCACAGACAGAAGCUUGAUGACUCUAAACCUAGUUUGUUCUCUGAUCGCCUCAGUGAUUUAGGGCGCAUUCCUCAUCCCAGUAUGAGAGUAGGUGUCCCGCCUCAGAACCCACGGCCCUCCCUGAACUCUGCACCAAGUCCUUUUAAUCCACAAGGACAGAGUCAGAUUACAGACCCCAGGCAGGCACAGUCGUCCCCACCGUGGUCCUACGACCAGUCUUACCCUUCGUACCUGAGCCAGAUGACGCCCCCGUCCAUUCACUCCACCACCCCGUUGUCUUCCACGCGGGGCACUGGGCUUCCUGCCAUCACCGACGUGCCCAGGCGAAUUUCAGAUGAUGACACUGCCUCCUCUGACUUCUGCCUCUGGCCUUCCACUCUCAGUAAGAAGAGCCAGGCAGGUGCUUCAGAACUGGGCCCUUUUUCAGACCCCAGGCAGUUCCCCAGCAUUUCAUCCCUCACUGAGAGCCGCUUCUCCAACCCACGAAUGCACUACCCAGCCACCUUUACUUAUUCCCCGCCAGUCACCUCAGGCAUGACCCUCGGUAUGUCUGCCACCACCCACUACCACACCUACCUGCCACCACCCUACCCCGGCUCCUCCCAAAGCCAGAGCGGACCUUUCCAGACCAGCAGCACUCCAUAUCUCUACUAUGGCACUUCGUCGGGAUCCUAUCAGUUCCCCGUGGUGCCAGGGGGAGACCGGUCUCCCUCCAGAAUGCUCCCGCCGUGCACCACCACCGCCAACGGCAGCACGCUAUUAAACCCCAAUCUGCCCAACCAGAGUGAUGGUGUGGACGCGGACGGAAGCCACAGCAGUUCCCCAACUGUCUUGAAUUCUAGUGGCAGAAUGGAUGAAUCCGUUUGGCGACCAUAUUGAGAUUCCUCCGCCGUGGCCUGGUGGUAUCUGGGGCCACACCCCACACGUGUCAACAUAUACAUAUAUAAAGAGAACGCAUAUAUAUAUGUAUAUCGGUUAGCUGUCUACAGAGUGCCUACUUGCUAGAAGACCUUUCAUUCCUUCACCCAGUCACGACCUUGCAAGCAUAAGAGGGUAGAUACUGAGAAGUAGAAGGCCCAAGAGAGACGAUCCUAAGCGGGUUUCAGAUUGUUUACUAUUUAAGAUGUACUUUUUACAAAGGAACACACAAGGGAAAAGGUAUUGUUGUUCUCUGGUCUGUAACCCUAAAUAACCUGUUCUUAUGCCAAGUCAGAGAGGUGGCCUAAGGUUCAGGAGGAGGGAGAGCAGAGCUGCUUCCUCCUUGUGUCCGGAAGCUGCACAUCUCCCGGUCACAGCAGUGUGGGGACCGUGUCCUCUGUAGACCGCGUGCCAAGAUGUCACAGGGCCCGCUGAGGGGCCAGUGGCAGGGCAGAUGCUGCCCUUCGGGCACUGUGCAUGCAGAACAUCCAGGCCACUCUCUGUUUCAGUCUUGCUGCAGCUAAUUGUGUGAACUGUGUAGUUCAGAUUUCUUUCUCCUUCUCUAAGAAAGUGACUUCAAAAAUACUGAUCAGGAUAGAUUAUUUUAUUUUACUUUUUUAUACUCCUUCCUUUUCCCAUUUAACCAGAAAGAAAUCCCACCCCUCAGACCCCACCUUCUCCUUUUAUAUGAAACUGAAAAUGGCAAUACCUUAUUAUAGCCAUAAUGGUAUAUAUAGUGUUUGCGUUUGGCUGUGUGUUAUUUGUUUUCUUUUUUUUUUUAAAUUAUGAAUAUGUGUAAAAUCUGAGGUAACUUGCUAACGUGAAUGGUCAUAUAACUUUAAAGAUAUAUUUAUAAUUAUUUAAUGACAUUUGGACCUUUGAAACAUUUCUUAGUGUAUUGAUAUGUUGACUUCGGUCUCUAAAAGUGCUCUUUAUUAAAUAACAAAUUUCUUUGGUGGGCUAGAGCCAUAUCUGAAAUAUUGCUAAGCAAUUUCAGUUCAUCCAGGCACAAUGUGAUUUUUUAAAAAAGUACUUCCAUCUCCAAAUAUUUUAGAUGUAGCUUGUUUUUGUAAUGUAUGAAGGAAAUGUUAUGUUUAGCUUUUUCAGAUCUUUGAUCACCUCUACACAGCUUUGCCUUUUAAAGCAAUAAUAGGGAUUUUAAAAACUGCCCUUAGCCCUUUAUCACUUUUGUUGCCCUUUCUCAGCAUAAAAUGCUGGCAUGAUGUGGUUUCCUAAUUUCUUUUGGAUAAUUAUUACUCGUCAUAUUUAACAGACAAGCACAAGUGAAUCAUUCAACUGCAGGAAAGUGUUCUGUGGUUUCAAAGUUAAGCAAAACUCUAAAAAUCGCCAUGCUUCGUAGUGAAGACAUAGCUUAUAAAGCCACACAUGUGGCUAAAGGAUCAGCCAUGAUGUGCAUGGUGCAGGAAUGCAAAAUUACCCCAUGGAUUCUUCACCAACCAGCCUUACCACACGGUAAACCAAGGGAACCCAAAAUCUGCCUUACUCAAGCCCCAUUUGCAGCUCUCCACAGAAUUUGCAUUUAAAGGAGCACAGUGAAGUAAUUGAUUGUUCCAGGGGGAACUGGGCACUCUAAGUAGCAACCAGUUCCAGAGAGUGGCUGAUGGGAGAGGACAGAGAGCCUGCGGGGACCCAGUACGGCCUUUGACAUCUGCAUUUACAUGAUGGCCGGGUCAAAGGCAUCGGGGUGUGGAGUCCCCCCCGCCCCACUGUCUAUGAGUUUGAGCUACAGCCCUACUGCAAGUUGCUCUUUGGCCCCUCCUGGCACCCACAUGGCCAGUUCACAAGUGCACGUCCUUAACUGAUCCAAGUCAGGAUCAUAUAAUGACUCCACCAGGCAAAUCCAUGCCCUCUUCCCUUGAUAAUCAAGGUGCCUUCAUUUGAGCCCUGUGCUCUCCUGAGCAGAACUCUGCAGAGAUUUGCUCUGACCCGACAUACCCUGAACUGGAGUCCUUCUCAGGGCCACCAUGCACAUGGGACAGCUGCAGACCAGGUAAACCUGGGUGUGUCCAGUGACCAUCUCUCUCCCUUAGAAUUCAUCCCGACUCCAUCUAAUACAAGUUGAGGAGAAACAAAGGGAAACACUUUGCCUUCUAAAGGUUGUAUACAAAGUAUGCUUAGAUAAAUAAGCCACUUUUCUAUUACCUGAGUAAGAUGGAAGUAGUAGUUGAUGCUAUUUAUUAUUUGUGUGUGGUGGCUUGAAGCAUGCCACUGUCCAUUUCUUUGUAAGUAUAAAAUAUGUGUUUGUUUCAGCAGCACUUAAAAAAGCCAGUGUCUGGUAACACAUUGCAAUUUUAAUUAAUUGACAUAAAAAUGUUACCACCGGUACCAGCUGCACCCUAUUUAAUAAAAAAGGUACUAUAUUUGUACAUUAUUUUUUAAUGUUAAAAGGGCUUUUUUAAGUUUACAGUACACAUAUUAAGUGACUAUAGGGAUGCUUUAAUGUUGAAAUGUUAUUAGCGUGGCUGCAGGCAGCAACCCAGAAACACUUUAAAAGUCUUUUUCCUUGGGAAACAUUCAAGCACUUCUCUCUGUCCUCCCUCCAACUGCCCCAAUAGGGCAGUUCACAUUUUUAGAACAAAUUUCUGUCCCUUUUAUGGCCUAGGAAUUAAUAUUCAUAUUCUCUCUCCUUCCCUCUUUCCAUCCCUCCCUCCCUCAGUUUGUACUUGGUCACGUGCAUGAUUUGUGAUUUCAAGACCAAAGCAGUCUUCCUACUGCUAGGGACCAUGUAUUAGGACCUUCCUGCCUUAGGAUUAAAUUAACGUGGUUCUUGGUAUGACACAGAUGUUGCUGGAAUUUACAGUAUAACCAAUGCAGCCACAUAUUUUAAAAAGAGAGAUGUACCUCAUUUGUCUUACAAACUUUAACCUAUGUCAGAGUUCCAGAACAGGUACUACAGUUUGGUUUUAGAUGAAUAGAAUGAUGUUCAAUGUGAAAGUGAAAAAUUCAAUGGAUUAACUGUUGAUCACUCUUGAAACUUUCUCAUCCUUCAGGUCAAGGCCCUUUAAAAGUGAGCAAAGGAAGAAAACCACAGCAUUAGGGACUGAGUGUGCACUGCAGGUUCAGAUGAGUGCUCUGAUUUAAGGGGUUCCCUUCAUUCUUGAGGACAGGGAUAGACCCCAAAUCUAGGUUGAACAUGGUAAUUUUAUAGCAUUAGCAAAAUAACCAUUAUUCCCAUGGUGUUUGAAAGAGCAAUUACAAACAAAAUAAAAGAUGGCUUUUCCAAACCUUGAAUUUGUUGUUCUUAAAAAGAAAAUGCAUUUCUAAAAAAAAAUACUUUCUAUGUGAGAAUUUUUUAGUUGUUUGUUUACUUCAUGUUUACAAAUAAUUGUUUGCUUUUUAAUACAGUACACUUCUAAAUAUAUCAGCCAAAACCAUAACUUACAGUAAUUUCUUAGGUAUUCUGAAUAAAAUUCAAUUUCUUUUGGAUAUGCGUUACCAUUCUUAGAUUUCUGUGGAACAAAAAUAUUUGUAGCAUUUUGUGUAAAUACAAGCUUUCAUUUUUAUUUUUUCCAAUUGCUAUUGCCCAAGAUUUGCUUCCCAUGCACAUAUUGUACAAAUUCUGCUUUGUGCCCCAGGUCACGAUGUGGAUGAGUUUACUCUUAACUUCAAAGGGACUAUUUGUAUUGUAUGUUGCAAUUGUAAAUUGAAUUAUUUGGCAUUUUUCUCAUGAUUGUAAUAUUAAUUUGAAGUUUGAAUUUAAUUUUCAAUAAAAUGGCUUUUUUUGGUUUU